CGUAAAAAAUAGAAACUUCCAAGAUGGCCGAGGCCGUGGACUCCAUGCAUUUCGCAGCGAACAGCAAAACAAAUUCCCCCAAACCCCUGAUAGCCAAACGACCGCCCGAGAGUCGUCCGCAGUCUUCCAGCGACAUUUUUCCACCCACCCCCAAGAAGGUCCGGGUAGAGGAGAAGGGCCUGAAGCACAGGAAACUGAACGGAGAGGUGUGCGCAGGGGAAAAACACAACGGGAAGCAGAGUUGUGGAAGCCCAGCGAAAUGGAGUUUCGGCCCGGCCAAGGCGAGCCACUCCACCGCCUCCACGGUUCCAGCUACUCCUGUCCGGAAAAUUUUCAAAAUCAGCAACUUCCUAGCCUCGCCUCACAAAGUGAAAAAGUCGAAAGAAAAGCGACACAAGGAGAAGAGCAGCGAAGCCCCGCGGAGCUCCACUGCUGCCGUGGAGAAAGUGAGCCCUGCUAGCUGCCAUACAAAGACGGAGAACGGCGACGUGAAAACGCUCCAGAGAGAUUACAGUGGGAAUGAGAACGACAGGCAAAAGAAGGAAAAGACCAGAGAGUGGAAAAAUCACAAAAUGCCACCUGUACAUGACUUUGUAAGAGAAAACGGAGACGUGAUUUCUCCACAGAAAGAGUCCAAAGAGAAGCUGAAAGCGGGAUCAGAAGAGGAUUUGAUGCUGAAAAAACUGAAGAAGAAGAAGAAAAAGAAGCACAAAGAUGGAGAGCGGGUGAAGGAGCGGCACGGCCAGCCCAAAAUGUAUCACCGCUCAUGCCAGACCUUGUGCUCAGGUUUGUCUCUGGGUCUGCCGGAGUUCCUGGGUCGAAUCAACAGGGACAACAGCAGCAGCUUCAUCCACACGACACCACUACACCACCAGGAUCCUGGCACCACCCCCUCCAUGGCCAGGGACAGGUUUAGCUACUCCUCCUCUCAACACUGUGCACCAACGUCUGCUCUGCCGGGGCUGGAGUUUGGUCAUCUUAUCCACUUGGAACAGCAAGCUAAUGGUGGGGCCUCGGUGGUGCACGCUUAUAGCGAGCGACUUUCCUCUUUGUCUCCAGCUGAGAUGGAGCGCUUUGCAGAGGAGUUUGUAUCCCUGACCUUCAGCGAGGACAAGGCCCAGGCUGCCUGCUUUGUGAUGGGAAUCAUCCACGGAGCAGCAGCCUACCUCCCAGACUUCCUAGACUACUUCUCCUGCAAGUUCCCCAACACACACGUGAAGAUGGAAGUGCUCGGGAAGAAGGACAUCGAGACAACAACCAUGGCCAAUUUUCACUCUCAGGUGAAGCGGACUUAUUCCCAGGGAACAUAUCGAGCCGGGGCCAUGCGGCAGGUGAGCCUGGUCGGAGCUGUGGAUGAAGAGGUCGGAGACUACUUCCCAGAGUUGAUCAGCAUGCUGGAGGAAUCUCCUUUCCUGGCGCGAACGCUCCCCUGGGGAACGUUCUCCAGUCUGCGGGUGCAGAGCCCAACAGAGAGCGACGACGGCCCCAUCAUGUGGGUCAGGCCUGGAGAGCAGAUGAUCCCAGUGGCGGAUAUGCCAAAGUCACCCUUCAAAAGAAAAAGGUCCACCAAUGAGAUAAAGAACCUUCAGUAUCUACCCAGAACCAGCGAGCCCAGAGAGAUGCUGUUUGAGGACCGAACUAGAGCUCAUGCCGACCACAUCGGUCAGGGCUUCGAGCGACAAACGACUGCUGCUGUGGGAGUGCUAAAGGCUGUGCGCUGUGGAGAGGACAGCGACGCUCUUCCUCGGAUCACCAAAGAUGUCGUGUGCUUCCACGCUGGAGAUUUCCCAGAUGUGGUCAUGAGGCUGCAGCUGGACCUCCAUGAACCCCCGCUGUCUCAGUGCGUUCAGUGGAUCGAUGACGCCAAACUGAACCAGCUGAGGAGAGAGGGGAUCCGAUAUGCCCGAAUCCAACUGUACCACGACGACAUCUAUUUCAUUCCCAGAGGAGUGGUCCACCAGUUCAAGACCGUGUCUGCCGUCUGCAGUCUGGCCUGGCAUAUCCGACUCAAGCUGUACCAUCAACAUGAGCAAAAAGAGGAGGAGGAUAAGUGUUCACCAAGAAACCCAUCGCUUCACAUCAAGGAGGAGGAAGAGAGGAAUAAGUUUGACCUUGCUCUUCAGACAGUGACGAAGGUGGAGGAGGAGGAGGAGGAUGUAGAGGGAUGGAAGGGGCCACCCUCAGAAACACUAACACAGAAUCUCAAGGAGGAAGAGCAAGGCGAUGGAGGCGAGAUGGAGUCAUCAGCAACACGGUUGCUACUGUCAGUCAACAGUGAAAAAGAUGAGAUUGUAUGCAAACCUAUAUUAAUAGAAACGAGUGCCGAAGAUGCAACAGAGGGUGGUAGAGGAGGUGUAGACGCUCAAACACCGCAGAAGGGUCCAGAGGAGGCUAGAACAGAGGGUGCAACCUUAAAGCCUUUACAGCAAACUAGGAAGGAAAAUGGUGGGGAGGAAAAACAGCAGGAAAACAGCAGCCAGGUUCUCAAAGAGAAAAGUACAGCAAGCACUUUCAACUCACCCCAAAUCAAAAGAGAAAAGGAUAAAGGAAAGAGAGAGAAAGAUGAAAAGGAAAGGACUAAAGAAAAGAAGGACAGGAAUAAGGAGAAGGACAGGGAUAAAAAAGACAGAGGAAGAGACAGGGAUAGAGAGAAGGACAGAGUAAGAGAGCAGGAGGUUAGAGAGGGGAGCACUUUGAUGCUGCAGCAGAUGAAGGAGAACGAAGGUAAGACCUCAGAGCCCCCCAUGUCUGCUCAAAAGGACGAGAAGUUGGACUCUAAAAUGCAGCCUAAUGCCAAAAAAGACAAGGAGCAUGACAAAGUCAGAGGAGGCUCACAGGCGGCACUUCCUUCUUCUCGACCAGACAGAGAGGAGGCUCGAGACUCCUGCACUCAUAAACACAAGUCUUCACACGGGAAGAAGGAGAAGAGCAGCCACAGGGAGGGAAAGGACAGCAACACAGCAAGUCUGCAGAGGAAGACCGGGAAGGAAGAUGGCAAAACACACAAACAUUCAAACCUUCACCUUAAGAAGGAUGGUAAAAAAGAGAGGGAUGCCAGCAGCAAGGAGGAAAAGAAAAAACCUGCUUCUAGUUCUUCCCAGACAGAACACAAACCAGUACGGACGCUCUUCACCUUUGACCUUUUUAAACCUAUGGAGGCUCACCAAACGUUGGCUCUUUCCCUGUCAGACACUAGACCUAAACUUCAACAUCACAGUGACUCCCGAGGUUCUUCCUCAAAGUCUGGAUCAGACUCUAGGACAGCUGUGUCCUCCAAAGGACCAAAAGUAAAAGACACGUUUCAGGGGAAGCCUGCUUCAGCGCUACAGGACACUGCACCACAGCAGCACUUGAUAAAACACCCUCUGAAAACAACACACCAAACACAGAGAGACUUCUUAACAUGAAUGUCUAAAUGUCUAAUCCUUUUUUCUUUUUUUUUUACUGUACAACAUCUGCCUAGGCUUUGUUAAAAUUAGAAAAUCCGCCUUUGUUUUGGACAUGAGCACACCCAAAUCAUAAGAGUGAAAACGUUGCUUUGAUGCCCUGAAACAAGGAUGCAAGUAUUUUUUUUCUGCAUCUAAGAAUGUAAGCUAAGUAGCUCACUUUACGUUUGUUAGCAGAUGUAAGUAGGCUUUAUAUAAAAUGUUGUGACCUGUGUGUCAGUGCCUGUGCACUAGUUAGCUUUGCUCUGAAAGCACCUAUCCGAAAUACCGGUCUAGCCAGUCUUAAAAUAAAUCCUCCCUGUAUUUAAAUUGGCUUCAUUCACUGUUGAGGUUGAAUUAGAAAGUCACAGAACUCCUAACUCCUUUUUAUGUGUUAUAUCACUCCUAAAUCUGAACGAGUGGUUGUUUUCAGACUGGAUUGUUUGACUCUCACAGGGCUGUAAAUUAUACUGUAUGUACCAAAACUGUACAGCAUAGAUGUUAUUAGCACCAAUGUGAGAAAUGUAUACAGAAAUUGCAUAUAUUUUUUGUAAGACAAGUUUUAUUUUCCAUAGAACUUAUUUAUAUCAUUUACUGUCUGUUUUUAUUUGAAAACCAAUGUAUGUGAAAUAUUUGUUGUAAAUACAUUUUAUUUCCUAAGAUAAGACUUGGUAGUGUGAUUUAUACUCUGAUAAGAACCUCAAUAAAUGGUUCAAAACAUUGACAAAACCA